AUGAGCCCUUGUAUGGAGGUCCCUACAGUAUUGACAAAUAUUACUAUUUCCAUAGUGUACUGCUGUCCUCCAGAAGCACAGUUAGUGUGGGUAUUAUCGCUAACAGAAGUCGUGUGUUUAGGUCCAGGCCAAUUCCUGGGAGCCCAGUGUGAGGACUCCUGUAAUCCUGACCUGGUGCAUGUCUUCUGUGAUCCAGAGACCUCUCGGUGUGAAUGUGAACACAAAUACCCUGUCAAGUUGGGGCCUUUGAAAGGAUGUGCCAAACCGGUUUCACUGGGAGAUCAGUGUUUCUACUACAAGACUUGUGCCUACUCUGAUCAAAACGCCGAAUGUGUGCAGAUUCGCCACAACGCAAUCUGUCAGUGCAAGCAAGGAUACCACGAGGUCACACUCUCCAGGCCCAACAAGAGGGUCUUUUGUUCACAAGAUAUUCUAGUCGUGACAACUGACACCUCGACACUCCUAGGUGUGGCCACGGGCCUCGCUAUCUUCACGGCUCUCAUCUGCUUCGUGCUGAAGCUAUUUGUGGGAGCAGAGCCUCGCCACUACGCCAAUGCCAACAUGGCUCCACCUCUCCUGUUCUCCAGUGACACAGGUAUCCCGAUGACGGUGCACAGCCUUAGGCCCGGUAGUCGAGCCAGCAGCGAACGCUCUGUGGGCAGCUACAGCCAGCGAGGAUCCCGUGGUAUCCCGAUGACGGUGCACAGCCUUAGGCCCGGUAGUCGAGCCAGCAGCGAACGCUCUGUGGGCAGCUACAGCCAGCGAGGAUCCCGUGGUGUCAUAGUCCCCGCCAGCCGAGCAGGUGCCGCACGAGCCGCUGCCAUUCUGCUCAUAUCCUGCCACCUCUCGCCCGAACAGACCCAACAGGGUUCCCGAGUACUCAGUCUGGCAUCAGUCCACAGCACGAGUUCCGCGCGUAGUUUCAGCGCUCGCCGGUACGAGCGGGAGAAGGAGCAGCGACUCGCGGCCCAGCGUGCCAGAGAACUCGCCUCCAGUCCUCGAUCCACGGAGCAACUGCUCUCCGAACAACCACACGAAUUAUGCGAAUGGCCGUCUAAGAGCAGCGAUAACACUCUUGACGCAUCGGAGGAAGCCACGAGCGAAGUGGAUCUGUCCACAUUCCCACCCUUGUCCACCAGCCUGCCCUCUUACCCUCAACAUUCUCCUGAGUGGCCCCCUAAGAACUCAUAAAACUUCGCAUCGGCUGCUGGAAUACUUUCAGUUAGAUAUUAUGAACUUCAAUAACGAAAUCAGAAAUUGAAUUUCUUGCAUACGGUUAUUCUGUUCAAUGAAGGUUCUGUAAUAUAAUGAAUUUUACGACUAAGCCCUGGUUCAUCAAAAGUAUGCUACAUAACCUUUUAAAAGUUAUUGUUUUUUUCAACUGUAAUAAAUGUUUAUUAUCUGAUUUGUACACAGAGGUAGUAACAACAAAGUAUUUCAUUGACAUACUGAUAUGGUUUCUAGGUUCAGUUGAUUUCUUACAUCUCUCGAUACGGAUGCAAAUAGAUUAAGUAAACGAACUGUGUCCAUUCAAUGGUUUUAAUGGAUAUCACUGCAUAACAAAUAGUUUUAAUGGUUUAAUUCAGCAGCUAAUUUCUCUAUAAGAAUACAUUUUAUAUUGAUGUGUGAGUUUACACUUUAUAUCCUCAUUCUGUCAACUUUAAAUUGAACAUAUUUACAAUGUAAAAAGAACAUAUCCAAAUAUUUUGUACCUUUUUUCGUUAUACUGCACCAAAAAUACAUAUUGAAGACUGAUCGAAUCCAAGAAUAUGCGGUUUAUUACUCCCUGGAUAUCGCCUGCAUGCAGUAGGACCACUGCUGCCUUGGGACUCGCUACAGCAACUGCUUGCCACACCUCUGCCAUCGUGUUAUCAUCUCAAAAUUUCACUUGGUCACUGUUAGCCAAGUAAACCUUAUUAUUAAACUAAUUUUAAAUUCCAAAUUUGUAUCUAUAUAUGUAGUAUUUAUACAUAGUUGAUCAAAACUAAAACCACUAUGAAUUACGUUUAACAUUCUAUUGAAAACACGUUUAAAAUUGCUUUUAUACUUGAAACAACUGUUCAACAGUUGACCCUAAGUAUACUGGGUUCUUGUCUGACUUGAAACUGGAUGUACACCACAAAUCCACUUUAGGGCAUAAGUGAUGGAGUAUUAUAUUUUGUAACAGUAUACAUAAAUUAUAUAGUUUUAUGGACAACUUGCCUUAAAAACGUUUUCAAACACCCGGUUUAGACAGGAUUAUAAAGAUCCAUAUUAUGCAGAAAUGUGGUGUCAUGCAGAGAAGUCAAACUAGUGGUUCUUUUAAUGAUUGAAUAUAUAUUAUAUCAAAAUAACGCAUCAUAUAAAUAUAAUUAAUUUUCCUGAAGGUUUAUAUUAAGUUUCACAGUAUUAAGAAUUUGUUAUUCAAAACAAUCUAAAAAAUCAUGAGGUUUGUACUAAACUGAGAUGUAGGGUUUCACUGACUGUCAUAUGUUAUACCGUAUAGUAUAGUUUUACUGCUGUACCUAUUUCAUACUAUUCAAAUGUGUUCUAAAAUGAAACGAAAUAAAUUAUCAAUAUAAUUUAAUUUAAUUUGACAUUCCAUGGGUCUCGUUUUAUUCAGCAGAAUAUGUAUCCACAGACGAUCUAGAAAAACACAGCCGUAGAAGUUGAAACCCAAUUUGGAGGGAAAUGAAGUUUUCUCAUUUUUAGCUUAGGAGAAAAGCUACUGAAAAUUGUUUUGUCAGUUCCUUUGUUGCAUUUUCAAGCCCCUCAAAAAGUGCUCUUCUCUGGGCCACUUCUGAUUGUUGUUACCCUAGAGUCCACGUGUUCUUUGUUCCUUUGAUUAGUAAUCUAUCUGUUUCUUUCCAGCUCAUGAGGACUCAGGUAAAAAAUAUCUCUGCCUCUGUGCUGUAACGGUUCGAUUGUUCACAAAUUUUGUUAUUCACCUAUCAUCUAUGUUUUCCGAUUCAAACACGUAAAAACAUUGGAAAACAAGCAAAUUCUUGAAAUAUUCUGGCCUUGCUGUGCUGACAUCUUCUUCAGUCAGUAAACACGUAACGGACUGUGAGUUGGUGUGGGGGAUUGCUCACAGCAGCCAGCAACAACAGACAUGUCUGAUUCUAGUCAUCCUUAUUCAUUUACAAUAUAUAGAUUUCUUUGUGGAAUACAAUAUAAAGUCUGAAGAUCUGAACUAGAUAAUUAAUAGCCAGACGGUUUCAGAUAAUUAAGUUUGGAAAUAUUGUGGUUUAUUAAACUGUAAAAUUUCUUAAUAUCUUUAGAAAAGAAAUGAAACAACGUUACUAAUGAAUUUUUUGCUAGUUUAUACUUAUCCAGCCUUUACCUGGGUAGCAUGCUAAGUACACUAGACUUGACUAUCAACAAUAUUCCUUGUGAACAAACUUGUUCAAACUCAGGUUUGUGCUGUGGUAUAGUGGUUGUUUUCUUAUUUUAUCUCUUCUACCACAGAUAAAACAAAAUUUUAAUUAUAAUCAAAACAUUAAGGUCGCAGCCCAGUAUUUACUACUGGAUCCAGUGGAUUCCCAUAAAUAUAUCUUAAUAACACAGCUGAACUAUCCGUGUGUUUCCUCCAACACAUCCCAUUCUUCAUUUUCAAGAACCCAAGUGAACAUUCACUGAAGGUUAAAUUUUAUUGAAUAUCUCUAUCUCUCUCUCUCUACGUCGUCUCCUCCACUUUAAAUUCGUCUGACAGAACACUCACUUCAUACAUCAAAAUAAAAUUUUGAUAUUUUCUCGUUUCAACACACAUUCAGAGGAAAGUAACUCACCUUUGAUGACUUUCAGUUUAAUUUCUACAUCUGUUUAGUUACUCUGCCGGACUAUCAGGAUACUGAUUCAGAUGAAUUGUACGUAGAUAAUUUAUGUUUACGUAUAAAAUAUAUUUUUAAAUGUGCAUCUCCUGCAUGGUAGCCACUUCAAAUUUAUGCUUUGUACCCAUUUUUAUACAUAUCUAGCGACAUCCAUAUCUAAACUGAUAAUUUGAAAAUAUUAAAAGACAACACUGUCCUUGUUAUCUUAAGAUAUAAAGUUUAAAGCAUUUUAGUUAUUUAAACGUUUAUUACUUUGAACACUGAUAAAAUUACAAUAAUUAAACAAUUUUCAGUCCCAAAAGACUAUAAGUGCCAUUGUAUGCGUUGGUUAUCCUUGAGACUUAGUUCUCUCCAAGACGGUAACUAAAAUAUGAAAGUGAAUAUUGAUACUUAAAUCAGUAAAACAAAGAUGCCCUUAUUCGGGAAUAAUAAUGUAAUUUUCUCUCUUAUUCCUAUACAGAAUUUUGUGUUCAUUAAAGGUAACUAAUAAUAAAUGAUAAUUCUCAUAUAAACAAGUAACCAGUAAAAACGUUCUAGUGGUAAUAUGAUUUUAGUAGAGUCUGUGUAUCUCUGCAGACUAAAAAAAAAAACAUUACAACUAUGUAUCUGAUAAAGAGCAUCACUUGAUAAGUAAUUUUAGGUGAACUUUCUAUAGCAAGAGUGUUUGUGUUGGCAACAAAUGUUAUAUAAGUUGUUCUAAUGAAGUACCAGUAUCGUUUGUUCCAAGUGACAUGGAACAUAACUCAGCAGCAGCAGUUGUGUAGUUAGGUUAAGAUCUAGUAAGCUGUUUAAUGAACUGUUCGUGUUUGGAAAUAAAAUUACGUAUUAAAAUUUAUCAGCCUUAAACAAGUGUUACAUGUAGAUACAAUACAACAUGUAGAUACCUUAUAGAUACAAUAACUUUGUUUACUGUUAUCAACAAGGAAAUGCAACUUGUCAUACAAUUAAGCUUGGUGGCACAUUUUGGGUAAUGGUCCAGGGUUCUGACUCAAAGCAAUAGAACUUUAAUUAUUUAUAAAUUGUGUUCAUGUCGCAUUAUUAUUAACCAGGUGUCCUUAGUGUCCUUUCAUGAGUCUAAACAAGGCAGAUCCUGGCACAUGUCGAUGGCUCAUUGAGACGUGCAGACAGGGAUAAAAGGGCAUCAGCCUCAAUUUUUUUUUAAGAAAAUGAAAAUAACUUUUAUGGACCUCUAAUUUUUACCAUUCAUCUUCUUUUAUUUCACGACCUUUGAAAUAAGAUAGAUAACAUAGCUAAAAUAGAUUACCCUUCCCAAAAUAAUUUGAGAUUUGUAAUGAUAAGUGAAACAUUUUUAACAGUAAACAUUAUUUGGAAAAUCUACAUAAAAGAAUAUGAACAGUGAAAACUAGAUGUCGACCAUCCAAUAUAGUGUAAAUCAAACUUAUAAUUUUAUCUUAAUUCAAAUUGUACCUAUUUUGGAAAAAGUGGUCUAAAUAGUGGUGUUCUAGGUAAUUUUGGUUUUGUCUCAUCAAGUCCUUUAACAUGAUAAACGAAUAGUCAUAUUUAAAAUUGAUGAGUUGCACUAUACCCUUUAUGUUGAAGGAUGUAACUUCAACAUCACUAAAUAUGUCCUGAGGUGAUGCUGUAACAUAUUUGCCAAGAAAGUUUUGAUGGUUCUAAAAUGUUCAAACAUUAGAUGGGGGAUUGGACAAUUGGUAAAAUAGGAUAAAAAACUCUAAAUACUUUGUAGUGUUUCGAUUGAAAGCAGCAGUAUUUGGAUUUCAAAUUUUGGUGUUGUCCUAACAGUACUGAAAAGCACUAUCAUACAUUUGUUUUAACUCAUCUCGAAAAGGGUACAUUCCGGUUACAGUAAUAAUAAUAAUAAUAUAUAUGGGCGUAAGUCUAUAAUUAAAAUUUAUUAUUUAUUUACACCACACUGGAAUUGUAACUACCCAAGUAAACAUAAAUUCCAAGUCUGGUCUGAACAACCCUCAUUCUUUUGUACACCUCAUUUACUCAAACCCCUGUUUAAGAUGCUGAAUUUGCCUGAAAAUUAGUUUUAAACUCUUUAACUCAAAGAUAAUAUUUUUACAGGUACACAACAUUUUCCAGGUUCAAGCAUGGCAUUUUGACGUCCUAACAAAUAGUACCUCAGAGCUCAGGUUAACCAUAAAAACACACCUCAGAUCAGAGUACCUCGGAGCUCAGGUUAACCAUAAAAAACACACCUCAGAUCAGAGUACCUCGGAGCUCAGGUUAACCAUAAAAACACACCUCAGAUCAGAGUACCUCGGAGCUCAGGUUAACCAUAAAAACACACCUCAGAUCAGAGUACCUCGGAGCUCAGGUUAACCAUAAAAACACACCUCAGAUCAGAGUACCUCGGAGCUCAGGUUAACCAUAAAAACACACCUCAGAUCAGAGUACCUCGGAGCUCAGGUUAACCAUAAAAACACACCUCAGAUCAGAGUACCUCAGAGCUCAGGUUAACCAUAAAAACACACCUCAGAUCAGAGUACCUCAGAGCUCAGGUUAACCAUAAAAACACACCUCAAGUCAGACUUCUUACUGAUGUGAAAACAGUUUUAUAAACCUUCAUGAACUCGUAUCCUGUACACUAAUUAUGCGUGUAUUUCCAAGUCUUAGCUUUAUUUUUUUUAACACAAUUUUCGUACAUUUCAGUAACAAUGUAUACAACUAUAUGCAACUAUAUGCAGUUAAAAUACAUUAUUAGUUGUAGAAUUAAUUUAUUCACAUAAGAGAAACUGUUAAACAACAUACAAAAUUCAGUUAAUUUUACUUUUGAAAUAAAAAUACGUUCUGUGUUAAAUUAUUUAAGAGAAAUAAAGAAUCAUUUUGUCAGUUACUUUCCAUUAUGUAAACAAACAGGCUGUAUGGUAACAUUUGUCUCAUUUUUGUAAUUUUUAUGUUUCGCACAAUACAUUUUUGUCUUAUUGGUUUCAGUGAAAUACACGUUAAAAUUUCACAAAUGGCCCUUUUUAAAGCAAACAUUUUUAUUUGAUCUGUUUCAGUAAUUAGUAAGAGAAAUAGCCAUGACAUACCCACUGCUGUAAUCUUAAACAUAUUCUAUGAGGGUUAUUAGAAAAAUAAGUUUCCCAUGAAUUUUAAAAAUAGACAGCUCUAUAUUUCUACUUAGUGCUAUAAAUCAAUU